GGAGAGAACAGUUCUGUCUGUGAAAGCACAUUUAAAAGGCUGGACUCUUCUCCGAGGGAGGGAGAGGCAGGAGAGCUAGCAGGGCCUCGGGCCUGACUGCCCCCUCAGGCCGUUCGCCAGGCCUCUACCGAGUCCUGGGCCUUGUCGGGGGUGGCCGCGGGGCGCCGGUUGCUGGGGGACCAGUGACGUCGCGGGGUGAAAGUUGAGGGGCGGUGACGUCGGGCCUGCCCGGGCGGAGGCUGGCGGGUUGGAGGCAGAGGGAGGGAGGGAAGGAGGGAAGGAAGGAAGCUGGGAAGAAGCGAGCGAGCGAGUGGGGGCGCGAGGCGUUUACCUGGAGGCAGCGGCUUGGGCGCGCAGAGCGGCCGCGGCUCCCCCGCACCUGCGGCCAUGGAUGAGGAGCGCGCCCUCUACAUCGUCCGGGCCGGCGAGGCGGGGGCUAUCGAGCGGGUCCUGAGGGAUUACAGCGAUAAGCAUAGGGCUACUUUCAAAUUUGAAUCAACAGAUGAAGAUAAAAGAAAGAAACUCUGUGAAGGCAUAUUUAAAGUCCUUUUAAAGGACAUCCCAACAACAUGUCAAGUGUCCUGCCUUGAAGUUCUCCGCAUUCUCUCCAGAGACAAAAAGGUUUUAGUUCCUGUAACAACUAAGGAAAAUAUGCAGAUACUGCUGCGACUAGCCAAGCUAAAUGAGUCGGAUGAUUCUUUGGAGAAGGUGUCAGAGUUCCCAGUUAUUGUGGAGUCAUUAAAAUGUCUUUGUAACAUAGUGUUCAACAGUCAGAUGGCACAGCAGCUCAGCCUGGAACUUAACCUUGCUGCAAAGCUCUGUAACCUCCUGAGAAAGUGCAAGGACCGAAAGUUUAUCAAUGACAUUAAGUGCUUUGACUUGCGCUUGCUCUUCGUCCUGUCACUUUUGCACACCGACAUCAGGUCACAAUUGCGCUAUGAGCUCCAAGGACUACCGCUGCUAACCCAGAUCUUGGAAAGUGCCUUUAGCAUCAAGUGGACCGAUGAAUAUGAAUCGGCCAUAGACCGUAAUGGACCUCCUCUCUCACCUCAGGAGACAGACUGUGCCAUUGAGGCCCUCAAAGCUCUCUUCAAUGUGACGGUAGACAGUUGGAAGGUGCAUAAAGAGGGUGAUUCUCAUCAGUUUCGUGUCAUGGCAGCUGUUCUUCGCCAUUGUUUACUAAUCGUAGGUCCAACUGAAGACAAAACAGAAGAGCUACACAGCAAUGCAGUCAACCUUUUAAGCAAUGUUCCAGUCUCUUGUUUGGAUGUUCUCAUUUGUCCAUUAACCCAUGAAGAAACAGCCCCAGAAGCAACGACGCUAGAUGAACUGCCCAGUGAUAAAACAGCUGAGAAAGAAACAGUUUUGAAAAAUAAUACCAUGGUAUACAAUGGUAUGAAUAUGGAGGCCAUUCAUGUUUUACUUAGUUUUAUGGAGAAGAGAAUAGACAAGGGAAGCAGCUAUAGAGAGGGUCUAACUCCAGUUCUCAGCUUAUUAACAGAAUGUUCCCGAGCCCAUCGAAACAUCAGAAAAUUUCUCAAAGAUCAGGUUUUACCACCAUUGAGGGAUGUGACAAAUCGACCUGAAGUUGGCUCAACUGUGAGAAAUAAGCUGGUGCGCCUCAUGACACAUGUUGACCUGGGAGUCAAGCAAAUUGCUGCUGAAUUCCUUUUUGUCCUUUGCAAAGAGAGAGUGGAUAGCCUGCUGAAAUACACUGGCUAUGGGAAUGCUGCAGGACUGUUGGCGGCCAGGGGCCUCUUGGCUGGAGGAAGAGGAGAUAAUUGGUACUCAGAGGACGAGGACACAGACACUGAAGAAUACAAAAAUGCAAAACCAAACAUUAAUCUUAUCACUGGUCAUUUAGAGGAACCAAUGCCAAACCCCAUAGAUGAAAUGACAGAAGAACAAAAAGAAUAUGAAGCCAUGAAACUUGUCAACAUGCUUGAUAAACUUUCCAGAGAGGAGUUGCUUAAACCAAUGGGACUAAAACCUGAUGGGACAAUAACGCCUUUGGAGGAAGCACUCAACCAGUACUCUGUCAUCGAGGAGACCAGCUCUGACACAGACUAAAAGCAUCACCUGCUCAACUCUCAGUAUUGCUUUUAUCAGCAUCUUUUCUCUGUAGCUCCAGGGGAAUCUUUUCUCUAAAACAUUUAUGCCCUUGCUUUGGCUAGAAACACAUUAACUGGUUUACUCAUUGAGAAUCCAGCAUAUUUAAGAAGUGAUCCUGUGUUUUGCGAUAUUGAGGCAUUCAUACAGAGCUGCAGUUAGACGGAGUUGCAGAGACUAGGAACAGAAAAAUUCCAUUUUGUCAAGAUGGAACUGAAGGACUUCACUCUAUAAAGCAGCCCUGGUUGAAUCUGGCAGUUCUGUUUGCCAAGAUUCUAAAGAAGAUUUAGCCGUGUCCUUCCUCUCACUUGUGUGAGCUGCCCUUUCUGAAUCUCUCCAGAGACAGAGGCAUGUGAGAAGCAGAACGAGCUGCUAAAAAGGGGCUGAGGCAAGUGACUUGUUAGAUCAGGACUGAGUGAAUGGAAGCCAAGCAGCAGCUGCUCCAUAAACGUAGCCCCACUCUUCAUUUCAAUUUUGUAUAAAUCUAUAGAAAUGCACACACACGCACACACACACAACAGCCCCAGACUUGCAAACUGAUUACAUUCAAAAAGUUUGUAUGUCAGUUAUCUGGAACUUCAGAAUACAUUUCUCCCUAUAAAGUUAUAAGUGAUGGUUUAGUUCUGAGGCAGCUACAAAUGCCUAUUUAUUCCCUAAUAACCUGAACACUAGUACCAUAGAACUGAACCCCCAUCUGUAUCACUGCAUGGGGAACAUGCAUUCUGAGGUCUAACAUAGGGGUGCCUCCAACCUGGUAGAGGGAAUGGGGACCCCCUGGGUACGGGGGGGCCUUUUGAGCCCUCUGCUGAGGGUGGGGGAGUCAGCAGCACCCAUUUGUACAUAUAGGUCACUCAUAUGUCACAUGUUUUAAAUUGGGGACUGUGUGUGCUUGUGUGUGUGUCCUACCUUUCUACCAUAUGUGAUCAGUUUAAUGGUAACUUUAUUUAUUUAAAAAAGAAACACAAAUAGUUACUGUUAAACUGAUUAAGCCUGUUUAUUUUUACUUUUAGAAUUGGUCAUAUGACGAAGUAGAAAAUGAAUCAUGCAAAUAGACAGUGGGCCUAGUUAAUCAAUGGCUAAAGUUGAAAAGGGGUUGGUUUCCUUUUAUAUAUAUAUAUGUAUGUAUAUACAUAUAUAUAUAUAUAUACACACAUAAUGUGCUUAACCACUGCCUUUUAAAACUUUAAAUUAAAUAAAACAUUGGGGUUGAUUCAAUUUAGCUAUCUGUGUGUGUUUCUUUAUAGAUACGUGGGGUAAACAAUCCUAUUUCACAGUUUAUGCUUUUUUAAAGUGCUUUUACAUCUGUUAUCUCACUUAUAAUAAAUAGCCUUUCUAAGGAUAAAGUACAUGAAGUAUUAGUGAAAAUGUCAUUUAUCCAGAAGUCACUUCUCUGGCAAAAGUACAAAUCAGGAAUUCAGUUUUAAAAAGCCUUAGAGCUGCCAAAAGAGAUGGCAAAGUUUCUUACAAUUUAUUUAUAGGAGAGAUCCUCAAGAAUCUCACCUUGUGCCUCUUUACUAAAAUUUGCAUAUACUUCUAACAUGUUUAGUUAUCUGACUUCCAAGCCCACGAAAAAAUGGCAAAGGAGGCGGCUGUUAGAUGGAAAGCAGGCCUACUGAAAGCAGCAAAAAGCCAACUGAAAACCGGAUAGGAACGUGGGGAGAAUGAAAACUACUCAAGGCGUCAUAAGUCUGGGACCAUCUGUUUCCUAAAGGACAUUCUAGUUGACCCAGAAAGUAUCUGUACAACAGUAUGGCCUAUAAACUAUUCUCAUAAUGAUGACCUUGUGUUUCUUUUAAAAAAUAAGAAUACUCUAUAAAAAGACUAGGAAGAAUACAUUUUAGGAUUUUUUAUCCAAAAUAGUUGGGAGUAUAAGUUAUGUGUGACCCAUGUUUUAACAGUAAAUAAAAUGAAACUUGGUAAUUCAUAAUUUUAGAUUAAAUGAAAAAAAGUUUAGAAAAAAGAAUUUAAGUAUUUUUGUUACUUCAUUCUACAAAUGCAUUUUUAAAGUAUUUUUAUAAUUUCUGCAAUUAAAUAGCUUUGGCAUGAGUGUCGGCUUACCUAAAUGAAGACAUGUUUAAUGAAAUACCAUCUUGCCAGCUUUAUGCAGAGUGUUUGAACAGUCCUGUUUAAGUAGCUGUGCUCUUCUGCUUUCAAUGAGUUCUGUUUCAUUUUGAGUUUCCCCAUACUGGGCACUAAGCUUUGUUUUGAAGAGAGAAUUUGCAGAGGGAGAAGAUGAAAGUGACCUCAUCUUGCACACGGAAAAGAGAACUAACAUCUGUUGAUUGCUUGCUCUGUGCUGGGCUUUUUAUGUAUCUUAUCUUGUGUAAAGUCAUCACAUCUCAUAUUAAGAGAUCAUCUCUGGAAAGCAGAGUAAGUUACCUAACAUCACAGAGCAAGUAAAAAUCCAACUCUGGCUGGCCUGACCCCCAGCACCUCUCCUUACCCUUCACACUGCCCAACUGGGUCCAUGUUGUGCCCCCUUAUGACUCUGGAAUGCUGGGAGAGUGGUAAUUCUCAGGCCAUUUUAAGCAAUAACUAUUUCAGCAGAACUGGUUUAAAGAACUUAUUAAACAGGGAGGUGACCUGAAUGAAGUUGAAGUGUGAGUAGGAAACUUGCUCAGUUAGUACUGGAUUUCAAAUAAGGAAGGACCUGGAAUCCUUUAGGUCAGAGAUGAGGGCUGCAGGCUCUCCCCCAGCCCCCGUGCCCCAACCACCCUGACCCUCGACAUCUACCUGGCUCGGUGGCCUGCAGUGGGGAUGGUGAGAAUAUACUGGCCAACUGCACUCUGCAGGCCCCUGUGUCCACAUCCCUCCCAACCUUUAAAACAGGGUAUGGAGGAGCGGGUUCUAAAAUAAGGCACUUGAGCUGCUGCUUUAGAUAACAGUCAACAGACACUUGAGGCCCCUUCACACACCGGGUGGUCCUAGCAAGUGCACAGGAUGGGUGUUAUUGUCCCUCCUUUAUAAAUGAAGACAUAGGCAGAGGCAGUACAAGUACUCAACAUCCCCUUACUACCAUCAGUCUUGCCGCCUCCCAGUACUAGGUGUCUCUUAUAUUGACCUCCCUUCCCCUCCCCCCCAUUAUAAAAGUAAUAUAUGUUCAUUGUGGAAAGUUUGGAGAAUACAGGAAAUAAUAAAGUUAAUAAUUCACCCCAAAACCCACCACCUGAGAUAAUCUCUGUUAAUGUUUUGGUGUAUUUCCGUCCUGUGUUUU